GUCCCCGCGCGGCCCCUGUACCAGCGGCGGUGUCCAGGCUGGUGGAAAAGUUUCUGCAAGUACUGUACGAAGGUGUGGAAGCGCGCCAGAGGAAGCCUCCCCCACAACGCGAGGGAAGAGGAAAAGGAAGAUCAUCCCUAAACUGAAAGGUCCCAGCACAGUGGAAAUCUGUUGCUAAUCCAUCUUGAAAAUUAGCUGGUUUGAUCUGGAAACCCUGCAGUGGGAACAUUUUGAAGUGAUAUUGCUGCGUUUGUUUAGCCAAUCAAAUGUGAAUCAGGAAUCCAAGACACCUUAAAAACAGAGAAGCAAAAUAUACUUUGCAAGAAGAGAAAAACCUGCUGUCUUUCAGUGGAUAGAGAGAGGGUCAACCUAGCGUCCCUCGGAAGGGAGCUCCACAGCUUACUAGCAGCCGCCAAAAAGGCCUUCUCUCCUGCUUUCACCAGAGACAUAUAUGAGGUGGACACAGUGAUACCAAUUUUAAUUUGCACAGCAGAAUUUGCAUGAGCAAACAGAUGGCAGAUCUCAGUCAGGAAAAGAAGACUGUAAAAUGCACCCAGUGCUCUGCAUCUUUUGAACCAAGCAAUCUUGUAUUUUUUUGUGCCCAUUGCGAAAUGGGCCCCACAUGCUCUGGAGAAGGUUCACUAGAGACUGCAGAUUCAUCACCUGCUUCAGCUUUAGUGAAGAAACGUUCAAACUCUGAAGAAGGCAUAGCAAAGAAACAAACAUCUCUUGUAGGAGACAUGUCAAAGUCAGACCUAACAGACUCUUACAGAAAAAUGCUCAUAACCUCAGGCAUUCGUGGCAGUAAUGCAGAAUGCAAAAUUCCUCACACGCGAAUAGAUGAUGGAGCAGCAAUUCAGGAAAUUUAUUCUUUUGGAAGAAAAUUAGGACAAGGCAGCUUUGGUGUGGUGAUUGAAGUAACACAUAAGGAAACAGGAAUAAAAUGGGCAAUCAAGAAAGUGAAUCGAGAAAAGGCUGGGAGUUCUGCUGUAAAACUACUUGAACGGGAAGUGAGCAUCUUAAAAGCAGUAAACCAUGAGCAUAUAAUACAUCUUGAAGAGGUAUUUGAGACACCAAAGCGUGUGUACCUUGUAAUGGAGUUAUGUGAGGAUGGUGAACUUAAAGAGAUUCUUCAAAGAAGGGGUCAAUUUACAGAGAAUGAGACACGGCACAUAAUUCAGAGUCUUGCUUCGGCAAUAGCAUAUCUUCAUAGAAAAGAUAUUGUUCAUAGAGAUUUGAAAUUGGAAAACAUUUUAGUUAAAAGCAGUGACAUUGAUGAAGAAAAUGAAAUGAAAUUAAAUAUAAAGGUGACUGAUUUUGGUUUAGCUGUACAAAAGAUGGGAGGAAGUGAAAGCAUGUUCCAGUCUACCUGUGGGACUCCUAUCUACAUGGCCCCAGAAGUGAUAAGUGCGCACGACUAUAGCCAACAGUGUGAUGUUUGGAGCAUUGGUGUCAUUAUGUAUAUGCUAUUAUGUGGUGAUCCACCUUUUAUAGGAAGCUCUGAAGAAAAGCUUUUUGAAAUUAUAAAGAAAGGAGAUCUUCAGUUUAAACAUUCAGUCUGGGAAUCAGUCAGUGAGGCUGCCAGAAAUGUGUUGCAAUUACUUCUGAAAGUAGACCCUGCCCACAGAAUCACUGCAAAUGAACUGCUUGAUUGCCAAUGGAUAACAGGUGAAACACGCAUUAUUCAGAGGCCGUUUAAUGUCCUUGAGUUGAUGAAGAAGUGGAAUAACAGCUCUAGUGCAGAGAGCAGAGAAACAGGCAUUCUUGAAGAUGAACUAAAUAUUGCAUCAUCUUCUACACAAUCAGAGGAAAUCCAUAAAAGUCAAGACAGCCCUGUUAGCAGCAAUGGCAACUCUGAUCCCAGUAUAGAAACAGAAACAGAGAGUGGGAACAGUAAACCCCCGACACCAACAAAACAGGUUAAAAAGAAAAAAAAUCAUUCCAGUGUUUUACAAAAUGGGACACUUAAAAAGAAAACUUCUUCGGUUAAAUUAUCUUCCCAUAGUGCGUCAGGUUCAGUGUCUCCAGGGGCAAUUGCAAAGCGGAGUCUGGAUAAUCAGGAGAAGAAAAUUGAAAUAGAAAAGUGCUCUUUUUCUUCAAGUCAAGGAUCAUCAAGCAAAAGUACACAAAAAUCAACUGUCCUAAGUAGCUUACACAAAACAAAAAAGAAAUCUUAGGGGACAUCCAUCUAUUCAGAAUUCAGUUCUUAUAAAGUAACAAUUGCUGGUGCCAAACUGUGGCAACUGUAUAAAAAAGGACCAGUGUAUCCUGAACUCUUAUGCCUUCUUUGUUGUUCUGAGACCUAUAAUCGUCAAGAGCUCCAGCUUCACAGUAGUGCUGAUAAAAAUUCUAAAGCAGUGUGAAUUCCUAACCUAUAUGAGGGCAUCCACUGAUAGUACUACUUUCAGAGCACAGAGCUUUGUUUAAAAAAGGCUUUAAUGAUUGUAGACUAGCAGGCAUCAUUCCGGCAAGCAACUAGCUUCUUUGAAUCCACUUGCUGUGUUUUGCUGAAGAUUGUCGAGUAUUGUCACAGAGAUUUGUGAAGGGGAAUGUAGGAAGCCAAAUCUGAAAUAGCUAAAUGAUGUGUAUGUUUGUGUGGAUAUGUUUUAAUAACUCUGCAGUUUGCACCUGAAAGAAUUUGCUAAGAUUUUGCUUGUCAACAGUUAAGUGUUAUAACUUGUCCACCAAAGUCAGUGAAAAUUGUUUUGGAUAGUUUUUUUUUUGCACUACUGUCUGUUUAGGGAACUUUGAACAUUUGUAGGUAUUAUGAAAAGUGCUAAGGUUCAUUUUGCUGCUAAAUUUCACACUUAUUUAAAUAAAACAGGUCUAAGAGAAAUACUUCUCACAUGCUAGUUAAUCUUCAUUUCUAA